GGAGACUAUUUUUCAAGAUUUUAAUUUGUAUGUUUGUUAGGUAAUAGUAGAUUUAAAUAAUUUUCUACCAUAGUUUGAAACUAAAAAAUGAAUGAUACAAACAAUAGUUUAUUCAAUAUGAAAGCUCAUGUUAGUGACUUCCCAGCAACAUUUGAAGAGAAUCUGGUUUAUGUUCUUGUAGAAAUACUACUUUUUUUAGGAACAAUCUGGAUUAUUCUAAAGAAAAAAAAUUCCAAUACGUUGAAAAAUUUAACAAAAUCUGAAGAAGAAGACUUAAUAACCAAAUAUACUCCAGAGGAUUUAGUUCCAGAAAUAUCAUCAACACACCAUGCAUUGAACCCUCGUGUAUUGCAAGGGAAAGUAGGAUAUAAAGUUGUCAUAGAUGGGGUGGAAAGGUUGAAUUUCGCAACUCACGAUUAUUUGGGUUUCAUGGGCAACGAAGAGUUUGAAAAUGAGACAAAGGAGUGCAUAAGUGUUUAUGGUGUGGGCGCUUGUGGACCUCGAGGUUUCUACGGAACUUCAAUUCACCAUCUAGAACUCGAACAACAAUUGGCACAAUUUUUAGGAACUGAAGAUUCAAUUAUGAUUUCUUAUGGCUUUUCAACAAUUGCAAGUACUAUACCUGCAUACGCCAAAAAGAAUGAUAUAGUAUUUGUUGACGAAAAAUGCAACUACGCCAUUCAGCAAGGCUUAAGAGCAUCUAAAAGUGAAAUUAAAUACUUUAAACACAACGACAUGCAGGACCUUGAACGGAUUUUAGAAGAAACCAAAAACAUAGACCUUUUAAACCUUAGAAAAGCUCGUAAGUCUAGAAGACACAUGGUAGUAGAAGGUAUUUAUUUUAACACAGGAGAAAUUUGUGAUUUGCCCAACGUAAUCAAACUGUGUAAAAAAUACAAACUACGAAUUUUCAUGGACGAAAGUAUUUCGUUUGGAGUUUUGGGUAAAACUGGACGUGGGAUCACAGAAUAUUUUGGAAUCCCUUUGAACGACGUAGAUUUGAUUAUGGGUAGUUUUGAGUUUGCAUUUGCUUCAGUUGGAGGGUUCUGCGCAGGAUCUAGAUUUCUUGUUGAUCAUCUACAAGCGGCUGCUCUGGGAUACAUGUUUUCAGCUUCACUUCCACCUCUAUUGGUAAAAGCCAGUUUACUAGCCUUGAACGAGAUACAAACCCACCCAGAGAAACUAGAAAAACUACAAACAAUAUGUAACUGCAUGCACGACAAGCUCAUUAACUCAACUGUGAUAAACAAGUAUUUCCACGUCAGUGGAGGGGUGGAUAGUCCUGUGCAUGUGUUAACAUUGAGACGUGAUGGCAAACAAGAUGAUCAGGAGGCAAUUAUUUUGAACAUUUCGGAUUUCUGUUUCCAGCGGAACAUUGUGAUAACUGCAGCUGCUAGAUUGCCUGAGAGUGACGUUGCAUUGACGAGACCUGGCAUACGCAUCACAACCAAUAUCAAUCACACAGAAUCACUCAUCACAAACUUGAUACUCAUCUUGGAAGAAGCGUGUUAUCAUACAUUCAACUACCGGAAUUCACUUUAGUAAAAGA